AUGAAUGCAAUGGAAACAUCUUACUCAUGGAAUCAUGCCAUUCAUAAUGGAUCUCGCCAGAUGGUUGAUGAACUUACCAACACCCUGGACUGUUAUGGGUUGCUGUUCUACAUACAGUUUGGGGUUAUGGUAUUUUUGAGUAUUCCAGUUGUGUUCGGAAAUAUUCUGGUGAUACUUGCAGUUUACCAAAAUCACAAUUUACGAACGAUUCCAAACUGUUUUAUUGUAAGUUUAGCAAUUGCUGAUACACUGGUUGGAGUGAGUGGAACCCCCAUGAAAGCACUGCUAUAUGGUCUGGGUGGAGUGACUGAGAAAUGGACUUGUGUUGUCAUAUGUAUUUUUGCUUUCAAUCCAAUAGGGGCUUCCCUGAUUCAUCUAAUGGCCAUUGGAAUUGACAGAUACAUCGCAAUUCUACAUCCUCUCCAUUAUCAUCAAUGGAUCACCAUGUCCAGAGUGAAAGUUGUCAUUGCAAUUCUGUUGACUUAUUGUUUGGUUGCCUUUGUUCCAACCUUGAUCUUGAAUGAUAGUACUCAUAAUAAUUGUUAUGAACUAAUACGACCACUUAUGCGUGAACCAGGAAUGUAUGUAUUUGUAUUAGGUUUCGCUAUUCCAUUCAUCACAAUGGUUAUCAUGUACCUCAGAAUAUUUUCAACUGCAAGACAUCAUCUUAGGAGAAUAUAUCCAAAUUUAGAAGAAACGCAGCAGCAACAUUACAUGAAGCGUGAAUUAAAAGCAGCUAUAACACCAUGCCUAGUGCUCGGUGUUUUAUUUAUCUGUUGGAUUCCACAGUUUAUUGAUGCAGCCAUGAACCGAUAUGAACUGUGCUCAGCCGCAGAACGGUUUAUUGCAGACGUUUUCAUUCUGAUUAAUUCAGGAGCUAAUCCGCUUAUUUAUGCACUACUUAAUAAAGAGUUUCGUCAAAAUUUCAGGAAAAGCAUUUUUAAAAUGAAAGGAAAGUUAUGUAAAUGA